UUGAGUGGCUUUAUUCUGCUGUUAACUCAUUGUAAUCUCAUUCUAAUUCUGUUGUUUUUUAUUAAUUUUAUAAUUUUAAUUGUGAGUUUGCAAAUCGGAAUGCGCUCGCCUGUAUGCUGCGAACCUGUUGGGCUAAUAUUUUGCGAGCAAUGCCAAACUCACUCGCCGCGGCCGUGUUAUGCACACGCUCGCAUCACUCCCGACAAGCUCGUCAUUCCCUAUUCCGUGGCCAGUCUGCCGGAAUCACUGUAUCUUCACGCUGCAGUUGACGAUGAUUCUGAGAAGGCUGUCUUCGCCAGGGAAAUCAUUCCCGCGCUGACAAUCUUCGGUCCCUUGAUGGGAUCGGUGACAAGUAUUAAGCCAGCCGAGUGUGCCUUCGCGUGCGGGAAUGCGGAGAACGAGGAGCUGCGUUAUUUCCAGCUGGAUUCCGAUCACACCUCCAACUGGAUGAAACACGUCCGAUUCGCCAGCAGUCCACAAGAAUGCAAUCUCGCCGUCUUCGAAAUGCCGCAGUCUGUCCCGUUCUGGCAGCCUUCGAACGGCGCGUUGCGUCUGGGGAUGGUGAUCUUCGUGACAAUUCGGGCUAUUCUGCCGAACGAGGAACUGAAGAUCGCUUACUCGUGGGAUUAUGCCACCCGCAUCCGGCGUGGCUGUUUGGGAAACACGGCAACCGGAAACAUCACUCGCACGGCUGCCAACAUUUCCAGUGGACUACCGGCCGACAACGCUUUGACGGACAACCACUCAUCCAGUUUCAUUAAUUUCGACGUUAGUAUUACAGCUAACGGCAACGUUUUAAUGGGUUUGCCUGCCAUCUUACCUGACAGGGCAGACGCCAGCAGCGAAUGUACGGAUGCAGAGCUUGUUUCCGAUUUUGAGACUGGCAAUGAUUUCCUUCCGCUUGUUGACGACUGUUUCGCGGAGGCCGACGAUAUGGAUACUGGCACUGCCUUCGAUACUGAGGACUCGGCGCUUAUGGGCAGAAUAACGGCUGCCUCACCCGUUGAUAACGAUGGCACGGUGUCAGAAAUGCCAGUGCGGCAUCCGGAGAAGUGCUCGGAUUUGCCGUUGGGAGUAAACAAUGAAACCGAUUGUAGUGAAAUUCUUCACGCCAGCCAAGAUAAUUUGAAGACCAAGAAACACCUCCAAUCAAGGAAGAAAGGAAAAUGUCUGGUGUGCGGUAAACAGUAUUUUAACUUGGUGUUCCAUCUCAGCACUACGCAUACGGAGGAGGAUGUCCGCGCAGUGGAUGACGCCUGCUUCAUCUGUCACAGAAAAUUUAAAAGCACCACAUGGCUGGCAAGACAUUUAAAAACGGUUCACCGUCGCAUUUCGCCGCCCGACGAAACCGCUCGACUGGCUGCUCUGGAUUACAUCCGGAGAACAGGAUUUCUGCAUUACCGAUGCGCUUUCUGCAGCAAAACAUUCCCAAACGAAGCGCUGCUUAAUAUCCAUGCUUUUGCCCAUGAUGCUGAUAACAGUCGCCCCGAAGAACAACCGGAGAGAAAGUGUCCGGCUUGUGCGUUUACUGCGUCGACAUUUGCCGAGCUGAUUGAACACACCGGGCAGCAUGCUGCUUCGCGGACAUCGCGAGCGCAAAAAGAGUGUAUCCUGUGCGGUGUUCAUGUUGCUGAUCUGAAGAAGCACGCUCAGUCGAACCAUCCUGAAGUGCUGGAGAUAUUACGGGACAAAUGGCCGUAUGAAUGCUCGGAGUGUUCGCAAAUCUUUAUGAAUGUAGUCGGGUUGAAGUGCCAUAUGAACCUUAGCCACCAAGACAGACGGUGUUUGUAUUGUGGAUUCAGUAGCCACAGCAUGAAAACGUUCACUGAUCAUGUGCAGCAGCAUCGCGUGAACGGGCGCUUUCCGUGUCGAUGGUGUGGGACAUCUUACGAGGAAUAUGGAUUGCUUGCUGCUCAUGUUCGGGACAAUCAUCGUGACGGGGAGGAUCAAUUCGCCGAGAUGCAUACGGAUGCUUUAUGUGACUCUCAACUGCCGGAUGAGCUAAAUGCUGACGAAGUUGGAGCUGUUCAUACUACGUCGAACACAAACGAAAGUGUUGAGUUGGCGGAAUUUAUCCAACAUAUAAAAGAAACAUCGACGUUUUCUUAUUUUUGCCGCUCCUGCAAACUGCAUUUUCCCAUUAAAGCCCUGCUUGAUCUUCAUAAGAUUCAUCAUUAUGCGGAUAGAAAGGAAUUGAAUCAGCGUCCAGAGCGACGUUGUCCGGUAUGUGAUUUUGAAGGAGCCGGCUUUUCCGACUUGAUGCGCCACACCCGUGACCACGGUUUGCGAGCAACGGAUAAGAAACCCUGUGCAGUCUGCGGAGAACACUUUCAGCAUUUAAAGACGCAUUUCCGCGCCCAACAUCCAGACAUCAUGAAGCGUCUUGAAGAGAGCUGGCACUUCCGGUGUGAAGAAUGUGGAGAGAGAUGCAAGUGCAAAACUACACUCAACCUCCACAUUAAGUUGGCGCAUUCAGGAUUUCAGUGUCUUUACUGCGCUAAAUUGUUCCGUAACCAGCGGGAUUUAGGCUUGCAUGUCAGGCCGGAACACAGCGUCAACGGCGAAUUUCCUUGUCCGUCUUGUGAUAAGAAGUUCAGGAAAUAUCCUUUCAUAAAAGUGCAUUAUCGGGAACAUCACGAUGUGACGCAGAUGGAGGCGUGCGAUAUUUGUCAGCAUGUCUGCCGCGCACAAAAUCAACUGGCUCAACAUAUGAAAAACGUUCACGAUGUCCAGGUGAAGGUAAACAAAUUCAAGAGAGGAAUAAACAGAAAGCGACCGCCGUCCUAUAGGAAAACGCCUGCGGGCGGCUACGAAUGCCCGGAAUGUGGGAAAGCGUUGAAGAGCUAUUUAUCACUGUACAUGCACAAACAGAAUGUGCAUCAUUUCGGAAAGAAUCAAGCGGAGUGGAACAAGAUGCUGCUUUCCGGGGAAAUCCCGCAGAAAGGAGCAAGGCCACGUUUACAGUUCACGUGUGAUGAAUGUGGAAUCGUGGUCUCCAGUUAUUCUUGUCUGCACCGGCACAAACGCUGGAAACAUGUGGGAGAUUAUAAAGAGAAGUUUGAAAAACGCCGCGCUGAGAAGAAGAGACUGGGGAUUUACACGCACUGGAAGACGUACAAGAAGCCGCGGGACCGCAUGGCGUUGGAGGAUUUCCCGUACAAGUGCGACGAGUGCCAGUUGGGAUUUAUAAGAGGAAUCGCACUGGAGAAGCAUAACGCGACACGGCAUCCGGCAGGCAAUGCGCAGCAGUCAUGAUGAUGUUUCGCAGUAUUAGUUGGGGCAGGUUUAACUUUCAACUAGGCGGCUCAACCGAUCUAAUCGGAAUGUUUUGUCCGAGUGCCAAUAUUUUUUGAUCUGCUGUUAUUCCGUACUUGACUGCACAUUUUGUGGUUUAUCUCUUAAAAUUUGGGUUUUGCUAUGGACAUGUGCGAUUGUCAGAAUCCGCUUGGAUAACGGUCGGUCGGUCGAUCACGAUUAUAAACCGGCAUUCUGGUCAUUUGCGGGAUGGUUCACAUUGUUUUUAUAAGCCAGUUGAUUUCUAAUUGUGUACAUGUCUUGUGGCUUCAGUGCUGUUAAAAACAGAUGUACUUACAGUAUUAUUACGAUCAAGG